AUGGAUGCUCCAACAGUUCCAUCACAUGACAAGAUAGUAGUAGAAGAAGAGGGGCGAGAGAGCCAUUCACAACCAGACGACUUGCCAAGUAGUACUGGUGGCAGUUAUCCCGAUUCAGUUUCUCUCGAGAGGUCACCCACCCCAAUAUUACAAGACUAUCAACAACAACAACAAGAACAUCAUCAUCAUCCUAGGACAAACAUGCAUCCUUGUGAUAUUCCAGGAAAUGGACAAGUUUCUCAAAACAACCUUUCCCAAGUUCAAAUGGGCAUGUUGCAACAACAACAACAAUACAACCACCACCAUAUGAUUCCAUCAUCCACGUUUGACCCUUGUGACACUUGCAUUCAGGCCCAAACAACAAAUUGGUCUUUUUCAUUUGGACAUUCAUCAUCAUCUAAGACAAGGGAAGCUGCUACAAUAAGGUUUAGACAGAAGAGGAAAGAAAGGUGUUUUGAUAAGAAUAUUAGGUAUGCAAAUCGAACACUACUUGGCAAGAACCGAAUUACGGUAAAUGGACAGUUUGAUAGGAUGAAGGGUUAUGUGAUUGGUUUAGAUCUUAAAGGGCAGCAUUCUUCUGUUGAUAUUGAUGAAUAUGAAGACGAUGAGGAGGAGUAUGAAGACUGUGCUGUAAUGGAUUCAUCACCCGACAAACACACCAAUGAGUAA